AUGGAUCUUCAAAACAAUGCUCAACCUUCUUCCACAACGAAGAAGAAGUUGAACGAUUUAAUUGCUAUCAAUGUCUUGGUUGCUGGUUCAUGUUUCGUCGGACUUGCUAUAGCUGUUGUGGAUCAGUGCAGUUUGAAGAAAAUAACAAAAUGCAAUCUUACACCAGACGCUAUGGAGAUACUCGUAAUGUAUGAAAUUUUCUCAUAUACUUUUGUUUUGCUUUCUUCCCUUGUAGCUUACUCCCUUAAAACUAGGAGUCUCAAUACACUUAUCAAAGAACGCCUAUGUAGAUGUUCCGCCAUGCUUCCCUUAUCAAUAUUUAUUGUGGCGCUGGUAUUCAUGAUGCUUUCGUUUAUGGAGAUUGCGGUGAUCAAGUUGGGAAACUUCACUUGUGGAAACAACUCUAAAAUAACUUCUGGUGUUGUGUUCAUUGUUGGUAGCCUAGGAGGUAUUAUAUAUGAUUGUGAUUUUGUUUAUUAUUUUUGGAUUUACACUUUGGUGUAA